UCGGUUGGGCCACAUCUGGAGAGCUGGGGUGAGGGUGAAACAUUACAGAUUACAGGACCCAGCUGUUUUUAGGUUGGAGAAUACAACACCUGCAGCGAAACCCAGCGGAAGUAUUUGCCUGCCCUCACCCAGCUGCCCCCACUGAUACCUGCCCUCCAUCUGCCCAUCCACUACAGUCCAUGCCUCAUGUCACCUCUCGAGCACCCAGGACACCCCAGAGUGGGCGUCCUUCAUGUCUUCCUACAGGCAGGAGCAUCUCCUCACGUUUCACUCGAGUGACAGUGAAGACACCAACCAAACAGAAAGAAUUUACUGUAGCUGAGGACAUCACUGUGAGGCAGUUCAAGGAGAAGCUUUUGGCUCACUUCAAAGGCCAAAUGGAUCAACUAGUGCUGGUCUUCAUGGGCCGCCUUCUCAAAGACCAGGACACGUUGAGUCAGUGGGGUGUUACAGAUGGCCACACCAUCUACCUGGUCAUCAAAUCCAAGAACAGCUCCAGAUCCCUGGCCCACUCCUCCCAGAACCUGCCAACUGAUUACCACUGCCACCAGUACCACAACAUCAAAGGAAACAGCAGUGGAGUUUGCCAGCCUGCUGGCAUGAGUCAAGCCCCAGUGAAAUCUCUCUCUAUCGAGUCUGAUGCACCAAAGGUACAAAACCAGCAUCUGGAAGUGGACAGCCCACAGUGUGCAGGACAGAUGCUGCAGAAUCUUCAUGUCCAGCAGCUUCUGUCCAGUGUGGAGUUCGUACAGCAGUUUAUCUCGGAGCAUCUAGAUAAACAGGAAUUAAUACAGCAGAACCCUGAAGCUGCCCACCUCUGUGACAAUUCUGAGAGCCUGAGGCAGACUUUGGAGCUGAUCAGGAACCUUGCUGUAAUUCAGGAGAUAAUGCAGAUGCAGCCACCUGCUCAUAGCGCAGAGCAUUUGUUAAAUCUUCAGCCUUACCUGGGCUUAGAGACAAUCCCAGGUGGGAAUAAUGUCCAAGGUGAGAACUAUGCCGAUUUCAGUGACCGAAUGUUCAGCAGUAUGCAAGAUCCUUUUGGAGGCAACCAUUUUACUGGUCUUCCGACAGGACAAGUGACGGGACGAGUCCAACCUUCACCUCCACCACCACCAUCAUCCCAGGACCAGUGUGGCCAGCACUCACAUCUCCCUAUAAACCAAGUCAUUUGUACUAAUUCUCCAGCUUUAUCCUCAAUCAUCUCAUCCAACACCACCCCCAACUAUACUUCCAGAACCAACUCUGCUACCAUCUCCAACAAAGGCCAAAGCCAUGUCUGUGCCAUUCAGCAGCCACCUGGGAUACCAGCCUUACUAAGCAUAGAAGCCAUGCGGCAGCUCCAGGAAGCAAAUGAAGAUGGCAACCUCUCGGUGUGUAGUUCAGACCAGAGGUCAGAGGAAGAUCUCCAGCUGUCCAAUGCGCAGGCCAGCUCCCAGAUCACAGGAGGCAUGACACAGUUGCUUAGGAAUCACCCUCACCUGGCAUCUCAGAUCAUGUUGUCCAUGAGCAUGGCCCAGCUGAGUGAACAGUGGGGGCAGCAGCUGCCCACAUUCCUGCAGCAGUCAAAACUUUUGGAUCUGCUUUUAGCCCUAGCCAAUCCUAAAGUAUUACAAGCAAUGUUACAGAUUGAGCAGGGCCUCCAACUGUUGGCCACUGAGGCUCCUGUUCUUCUGCCUUGUUUUGCACCUUACCUAUCAGACUUAGGUUGGCUUCCUGGCUUCAGCUGCAGCUACCCUGAUACAGUGCCCACGACCUGGAAUACCCCAGACAUGGCUGAGCCCAAGAGGCCUGAGUGCUGCCACAAAUCGGGAGAAGUCCUGCACAGGCUACAGUCCCUAGCUGGAAAACCUUCCCAACCUCCACAAACUCCUGAGAUUCGUUUCAGGCGGCAGAUGAAAUUUCUCCAGGCUAUGGGGUUUGGGAAUUAUCAUGCCAAUCUCCAGGCACUCAUUGCUACAGAAGGGGACACUAAUGCUGCUAUUCGCAAGCUAAAGAAAUCCCAAGGAUUGUAAUCUCCACAUCUGCUCAUCUGCUUUCUACCUGUCUGCUGACAUAACUGACCACCUCGGCUACAUUUUCUUCCUCUCCUGAUGCAUUCAGCUUGGAGAAGUCCUGAAACAGAGAAGCCAAGCAAGGCUCCCUCC